UUCAUUUGUCAAGACACGUUACGGCGUUCCGAACAUUCGUGACUUUUCGCGACGUUCUCUCAUCCUAAAACAAAGAAAGAUCAAGUUUUAAUAUUAAAAAGUGACGAAAAAUUUCUAUUUCGAUAAUUUUAAUAUAAUCAUUUACAUUAUAUUGUUUUAAAUGGCUACAACAGAAUCGAAUAAACGUAAACGCGAGGAAUAUGAGAUGCAAUUAUUUGGCUUUCACUCGAGAGCCGUUUAUACGACUCUAAAGUCACUUAUGCAAGAACGAAUUUACAAGACAUGUAAACAGCUGUGCGAAAGUAUUCAAGGCAAAUACAAAUUGAAUGAUGAAAAUACAAAAAUAUUAGAAAAAAGUCGCAGGAAAUUGACAAGAGCCUAUUAUCUUGCAUUGAAAACACACUUACCAGUUAUAGAGCGGUCUGCUAAUGAACUCAUGGACAUACCUCAACAUAUUUUGCUGAAAGAAGAUGCAGUUCAAGAGACUCAAUAUACUGCUGAGGAAUACGAAACGAUGAAAAAAAAUCUUGAAGACCUACAUCAUAGAAUUGAAGAAGACAAAAUAACAAUUCAUUUAUUAAAUGAAGAGUUAGAAGAGUCAAAAGAAUUUGAAAAUAAUUUACAAGUGGCAAAAACAUUGUGUACUGUCAUUGAAAAGAGUUCUAAAUAUCCUGAGUUAGAUAACAGAAUUGCAAGAAUAUUAGAAAUUCAGGAACAAUUAGAUAAAAAUAGUCCAGAAAUUAACUCAUCAAAUAAGAAACGAUGUUUAACAUUACCAGCAAAAGAAGUUGAUAUCUACGAUUUAUAAUUUCUUUUUAUAUAUAACAAUAGAAUUGAAUCUAUGAAGAUGGAGAGAUAUUUGCCUUUUUCGUAUUUAUUGCUUCGAGUUCGACGAAAUUUACCAUAGACUAAAUUCGCAGAAAUUUUCGACUUCUUUGUUUACUUCAACUUCCUAUGGGUAUGCCCUGAAGUC